AUGAAGAAAGUGAAUAAGUUAGAAGAAGAGGAUGUUAAACAAAGUUUUGAAGAAGAUAGUGAUCAAGAGGAAGAUGAAGAUAUGGCAUCCUCAGUAUAUCCAAUUUUAGUAAAAUUAAAUGACAAUAAAAACAAAAAUAUGAAUAGUAAUGAUGACGAAGGUGAUGAUAAUAGUAAUGAGACAAGUUAUGAACUUG